AUGGGCAAUGGAUGUGGAACUGCAGUGCUCUCCCAUUCUUUGCUCCACAGUCUGGUGAAUCCCCAACAUGCUCCAACUCACUUUUUACAAACCCACAUUGGGCUCACUGCACAUUAUAUCAAGGACUCUACACACUUUAUAGAAAAGAUCAGCAACCUCAAUCUAAGCACCAAGGACAUCCUGAUCAGCUUUGAUGUGGUGUCCCUUUUUACCAAAGUCCCAGUAGCUGACACCCUCACACUAAUCAAACAAAACUUCCCAGAAGACAUCACAGCCCUGUUUCACCAUUGCCUCACCACUAGCUACUUUCAGUGGGACACUGGAUUCUAUGAACAGAAGGAUGGAGUGGCCAUGGGGAGCCCUCUCAGCCCAGUAGUAGCAAAUUUCUAUAUGGAAUACUUUGAAAAACAGGCCCUAGAAACAGCACCAAAAAAGCCAACUGUUUGGUUCAGAUACGUAGAUGACACCUUCACAAUUUGGAGCCAUGGAGAGAAAGAACUCAGCAAGUUCCUGGACCAUCUGAACAGCAUCCACCCAAACAUCCAAUUCACCAUGGAAAAAGAAAAGGAAGGAAAACUGCCAUUUCUAGAUGUUCUGGUCAUCCGCAAACCCAAUCAACAAUUGGGCCACACAGUUUACAGAAAACCUACACAUACAGAUAGAUACCUUCAUAAAAACUCCAACCAUCACCCUAGUCAAAAAAGGAGCACAAUCAAAGCCCUGACAGACCGUGCACAAAGAAUCUGUGAACCUCACCUCCUCCAAGGUGAACUCAACCACCUAAACUGGGCUCUACAGGCCAAUGGAUACUCCACCACAGACAUCAGAAGAGCUGCAAGGCCAAGAACAAGCCAUGAGAGUCAAGACAAAGAUCCACCCAGAGGAAAGGUGUUCUUACCAUACAUCAAGGGAACUACUGACCGCAUAGGGAAGCUGAUGAAGAAGCACAACCUACAAACUAUCUACAGACCCACGAAGAAAAUCCAACAAAUGCUACGGUCAGCGAAGGACAAGAGGGAUCCUCUCUCCUCUGCAGGAGUCUACCGGAUACCAUGCAGCUGUGGACAAGUCUACAUAGGGACCACCAAACGCAGCGCCCAAACAAGAGUCAAAGAACAUGAAAGGCACUGCAGACUAAUUCAACCAGAGAAAUCAGCCAUAGCAGAGCAUUUGAUGAACCAGCCUGGACACAGAAUACUAUUUGAGAACACAAAAAUGCUGGACCAUUCUAACAACUAUCAUGUCAGACUACACAGAGAAGCCAUUGAAAUCCACAAGCAUGUGGACAACUUCAACAGAAAGGAAGAAACCAUGAAAAUGAACAAAAUCUGGCUACCAGUAUUACAAAACUCCAAAAUCAAAACAGUAGAUGGGAACCAACACAAUGAGGACUUGACUGAACAAAGGAUGCCCCCAGGCAAGGGACAAAACAUUUCCAGUGCCAAUUAGGGUGAUUAACUGAAACAUUAAUGCUGGCUCCCAGUGACAAAGAACUCUUGCCACACCUUGGACUCUACACAGAUAUAUAUUCUUUCCUUUCCUGACUUAGUUUAUCCAUACCUCACAACCUCUGAGGAUGCCUGCCAUAGAUGUGGGCGAAACGUCAGGAGAGAAUGCUUCUGGAACAUGGCCACACAGCCCGAAAGACAUACAACAAC